AUGAGUAUUAUUUGGACCGUUCUUCAAGGCUCCGGAAUUAAAGAUUCAUUGACAUUGAUCUAUGGUUCAGCAACAAUAAAGAAUCUAAUGAAUGCUCAUGAUUAUAAGAAAAGUUUACGUGCAUUAAAAAUGGUGUUUAUUUUUCUAUUAACAUCGCAAUUAGCUGCGUAUAUUGAAGAAAAUAAAAAUGAAGAAUCGAUGUUGAGACAUAUCAUACAUGAAUUUGAAGCAAAUUUCGAUAUUCAAGAUAUGAGGAAAGAAAUUCGAUCAAAUGAAAUUUUAAAUAAAUUUCAAACAUGGAAAAGUAAAAAAACUAUACAAAAUAUUAAUUUCGCAUAUUGGAAUAUGAUUCUUGAACAAUUUUUGACUCCUUUAUUUACACAUAUAAUUUCAAUCAGAAUUGGAAAUUUCGAAGCAGGAUUAGAAGCCUGGCAAUGCUUUUUAAAACAUUAUUAUGCUUUCAAUCAUUGUAAAUAUGCCAAGAUGGGUUCAAACUAUUUGUUUGAAAUUCAAACAUGUACCCCAUGGCUUUUAUCUAAUCUAAAACAUAACGUUUCAGCUACCAUUACUGGUAAACCGUUCACAAAAUUAGCAUUAGAUGAAGCAAUAGAGUGUACGAUCAACCGUGAAUCGAAAUCAAAAUCUGGUAUUUCAGGAAAAAUGGACGAUGAUCGUCUACAUUCUUAUUAUCGGUCGUCUAGUCUCGGUGCCAAAAUGUUAAGAACAGUCGAAGAAUUACUUUCAAUCGAAGAAAAUGGAAGUGAGAUGAACAUCGAAAAUACAUUUAGUCGAAUUCAACGAGAUAUUUCAGAUUUAAAAAUUAUUAUAAACUCAAUCAAAAUAAAUCCAUUUAUGAUCAAUAAUAAUACGUCUUUCAUGCGUCUUUCAACCGGUAUUAUUGUGCCUGAUGAUGUUGUAAAAGAAAUAUUAAAUGCUGGGGCUUUAGGUGCAGAACAAUCAUUAGAAUUUAUCACGAAACGUCUGAUCGAAAAAAGUAUGAAAUAUGAUGAUAAAAUAGUGCGUAAUCGAAUAAGAACAUUAUCAAGUUGGGAUGAUGUACCUCGUCUAAUUCUAAAACAAACAAUAUCUGAAAAAGAGAAAAGAAAAAUUCAGUUGUUAUUUUCCAAUAUUGCACUUGUACGAACGCAUCGAUUAUUAGAUAUGGAUUAUAUAUUUCGACAUGAAUUUUUCGAUCGUCCAGUUGCUUUAACUGAUGAUAGUGGUGGUCUUUAUCGGCCACAAGAAAAAUAUUCUGUUAGUGACUAUAUAGAAGAAUUGUUUCCUUCACAUGUUCGUCAUACAUCGUUACCAACAGUUAGUUCUGGCCACAUGAUUUUUGAAGGCUCAGAAUUAUUGAAAAAUACAAUUCCAUCAAUAGCAACAACAUAUGAGGAAUAUGGGAGAGAGUUAAUUCAAGUUAUUAUAGAUUUGUUUAGAACUAAUGAUAGAAUAGAUAUUGUGUUUAAUUGUGAUAAACCAUUUGAUUUUCAGACAUCAACAGCACCCUACCCAACAGCACAUGCAAUUAAAGCUGUUAUUCAGCCUAAUUUCAAAAUAAUAAAGAAAACAAAAUCCUGGCAAGAAUUCAUUUUAUGUAACGAAGUUGUAGUAUCGACGUGCUUGAAACAGAUUUGGUGUGGCUUAUAUAAUAUGAUUCCACCCGAUAAACAAUUGAUCGUCUCAGGUCCAGAUGAAAAUUCGAUUGUUAUAACAAAAUCUGGUCAUACAAAUUGCAAUGAAUUACAAUCGAAUCAUUUUCAAUCAAGCACAAGAUUGAUAUUAAAUGCAUCAAUGAAGUUUGGUCGAUCAUAUUCAGUCACAGUUAUAAAAUCAACAAAUGUAGAUAUACUGAUUAUUUGUUUAUCAAUGUAUAACACUGCUGAGCAAACCUGGCUGGAUAUGAUACCAAGUUCAAAAAAUAAGGACCAUAUACCUCAGUUAUUCGAUGUAACCAGUUUGCAUCACGAUUUUUUCAUUCGAUACAUGAUUUCGAAUGAUAUACUAUUAACAUUACAUGCAAUAUCUAGAACACAAUUCACAUCACACGUACGUGGUAUAUCCAAAAAAACAAUAUUCGACAAAUGUUUACGUACCGUUGAAAAUUAUGAAAAUUUAACAAAAUUUGGAAGUUUUCCGUUACCUAAAGAAGCAUUUGUUGAGGCAGAAGCGCUUCUUCUAGCUUGUGCAAAGAGUUGUGAGAGUAGUUUAGAUCAUGCUCGUACAAAAGUUGCCACAUAUUAUUUAAAAGAAGAUGGACGUGAGUGA